AUGCGCAUCAUCACUCCCGAGAACCUGCACUAUCCCAUCACCGUCACGAGGCUACUCCGCAAGCCCCAAGACCAGGUCGACUACAAUGCGCCUCUCUUCGCCUACCACUAUAAGACCAAGGUCCUAGAAGGUGAUGAGGAGACGCGCGAGAACAAGCUGGUCGAGCGUAUUUGUCCCUCCACUUUCGAGAGCACUGCAGAAGGCAUCUUGACCGAAUGGCACAUCGCCGAAGGACGCGUCAUAAGCAGGCCUNNGGGUGAGCGAGCCAAACCCCAAGCACUUGUCUAA